CAUAGACUGAAUGAGUUGCUUCUUUAUCUUUAAUAAAAGUUUUCUUUUGAUGUUUAGAGCUAGUUUAAUUUGUUAGAUUGAGAUUGUAACUGAUUUUGUUUUUUGUUUCACAAACAAUUCAUCUCAAUUCUUUGCCAGCUGUACUGAAUGUAUGAGUUGUUUAUUUGAAAUUUUGAAGCUUUAGGGUCAAAGACGCGUAGGUACCACCAAAAUAUAAAGAUAGGUUAAAGAAAUCUUUUUUGAGAUAGUAGAAUUGAUACUGUUUCCAAAAAUUGAGUCUUUCUUGAGCAAAUCAUUGCCGGGGUUUAGCUGCUUACUGAAUCUACUGGUAGGAUUAGUUGUUAAUUUGACCGAAUAAUCAAGAAAGUAAUAAUUCUGCUCUUUCAAUUUGGCAAUUGAAGUUCUCAGGAAACUGAACGGUGUUUGAUAUAUUGUCUUUCAGAGUUUGUUUCAGCUGAUAUAACCUGUUGAAUGAUCAAUCUUGGUGCUGGAUUUCUGCGGUUUAUAUUUUCGAGUUUAUAAGAAGUAUAGAGAGAUUUAAUUUGAGUGGAGUUUUCAUGGAUCAUAUCCCAUCAACACCUUGUGAUUUUGUGGUUGAUCUUGAGAUGUGCAAGAGCCCGAGCGAAGAAGCAGCAAGUCCUGAUCCUAUUCAAGUAGGGAAGAGUUUUUUCAACAAUAUAUGUGAUGAUGAAGAACUUGUUAAAGCUGAAAAUGGGCUUUGUAUGAUCAGCAAUGUAAAGGAUAAGGUCAAGGGGUUAGUGGCUGAUAAUAGUGUAGAGAAGAAAAAACUGAAAGACAAGCGUAAAUCCACAAGUGCUAAAAAGCCUCCCAGACCUCCAAGAGGAUUGUCCUUGGAUGCUGCUGACCAGAAACUUAUCAAAGAGAUCGCUGAACUCACAAUGAUUAAACGUGCACGGAUUGAGCGAAUCAAGGCUUUGAAGAAACUGAAAGCAGCAAAAGCAUCUUCAACUCCAUCUUCGACAGGCAGUGUCCUUGCCUUUCUGUUCACUGUCAUCUUCUUUCUCGUGCUGUGUUUUCAAGGGAUGUCCUCUGGAAGUUCAGCUGUGAGUUCUCAUGAUUCGCCUCAACCAAGUGGAUCAAGGUCAAAUAGCUUCAUUAUUCAACAAUACUACUCCGAUCUAUCCGCCAGAACUGCUGCUAAGAGUUCUGGGUCACCCAAUUUAGUUGAGCAGGUUUCUGGUUCGGAUCUGAGGGACGGCCCGAAAAGAGUCACGACUUGAAGUAUAGUGUGAUUGUGGUGAAUUUUAGAAUAUGCAAAUAUGAAUAGGAACUGCCAACACGUCUAUGAUUUUGGGCAAGUUCUGCGGGAACUGUGAAACCUUGACUAAACAUGAGACCUGCAACAUUUGUAUACCUUGUACAGUGAUAUAUGCUGUUUGGUGAGAGAAGUAAAUGCUUCUGCAGCAUGGUAGGAUAUCUGUGGAAUUGCUAAUUAAGAAGCUUGCUACAUAUUGAGUAAGUUAGUUUUCUUGGGGAGUUACGUUUGUAACAAAAUAACGACCGGUUUUAGUCUAUACGUAGGAUAAUACAGUUCACUGAAUAGUGAGAUUUUUGCGGGUUUGAAGAGGAUGAGGAGGAAAAAGACCCUUCAAGCGCUACUAACGCCUUGACAUUAUGCAGAGUGGCCUGAUUGUGUCUUUUCUUCUUGUCAUUUGUAGUUUGUUACUCAGUGUUGCCGGUUAAUGUAGUGCCACGAUGUUGUUGAUGCUGAUAAGGAAAUUUAUUGUGUGUUUGAGUUUAA